UCUCUACCAUUCUUGUUACUGUAGGAGUCUAUCUCUCCACCAUUAUCAAUUUAUUUGUUUCUGUGAUCUUAGUUCAGAACUCCACUUUUGAUCUUCUCACUCUAUUCCUCCAUUUUUUUGAUCUUCUCAUUCCGUAUCUUCAUCUCAUUUUCUUGCUCUAAACCUUCAUUUUGCCCCCUAUCUCUCUUUCUUACAUUACAGUUUUUUGGCAAUUUGAAGCGAUGUUCUGUUGAUAGAGGGAUUCAGAUGAUUUUGGAUCGAGUAGUUCAAGGAUCAUUAUAAUGCAGUUAAUCUUGCUGAGUUUCUGUUAUUUAGAAGUUAUUGAUUCUUGAUCACAAGCUCUAUCUGGUUCUGGAUUCCAACUCAAAGGAUCAGAGGAUUUUCAGUGAGCAGAAGAGUAUCAGAUAAGUCAGGAGGCUUGUUCUGUGGGAUCAGUUAAAAGUUCUGCAAUUGUUCAUAAAAUAUCAAGUCUCUGAUGCCUUCAAGGGGAUUCUGGAUAAGUUGAGAAUCAGUUGUAUUUUUCCCCUUCAAUGUUGAACUCGCUAUUUUUAUAAAUGUCUGGUGUAUCAUUUAUUAUUAGAAUGCAGUAUUAGUAGAGCCCUUGAAAGGCUUUGUAGUGUUAGAAAGUCUUUUUAGCGCAAGAAAGGAGCAUCUGGUCUCGCCUGUUGUCAGAAAUCAAUAGUAUCUGGAUUAAUUUUUAUAGGAUUUUAACAUCAGUGAAGCUAAAUUCAUCGAAGAACACUGUAAUUUACCUGAAUCUUACAAUUUAUCUGAGCCGAAGUAUAUACAUUGAAUCUAGUCAUUGAAGACUGAGGCUAUUUAUCCUUGGUUAUUUACCCUUUUGGGAUGCACAAGAUCCAGCGGUUAAUGUGUUCUUACUUGUGGAUGAUUCAUUCCAUAUAGUCACAGUACAUCAUUGCAAAGCUUUGCAAGCAAUUCCUCAUUUGUUACAUGGAAUUUCUGUGUAUGUCCAGUAAUUAUUCAUCACCUUAUAAGGAAACUGGCUAUAAUUAAGUUAUAGAGAAAUUCAGUGAUAUAUAGAUUGCUUGCAUUGAUCAUCUGGUCCCAAUAGGCCUUUUCCCAGGUCAAUAUAACUGACCCAACAAGCAGUAGCAAUAUCAAUCUGUUGAGAAUGUGGUUACGAUAGGCUUGACUGUGCAUCAAAAUGCCAGCUGGAGAUGCAUCUCUCAAUAGCAACCCUUGCAUAACCAUCCCCGAUAGAAUGCAGUUUCAGGGUGGUGAGAUCCACCAAAGGCAACAGCCGUGGUUCCCGGAUGAGAGAGAUGGGUUUAUCUCAUGGCUUCGAUCAGAAUUUGCAGCAGCAAAUGCCAUUAUAGACUCUUUAUGCUAUCAUCUCAAGGCAGUUGGUUCACCAGGUGAAUAUGAAACUACCUUGGCUUUCAUUCAACAAAGGAGAUGUAACUGGACACCAGUUCUUCACAUGCAACAAUACUUUCCAGUGGCCGAAAUAGCAUACUCAUUGCAACAGGUAGCAUGGAGAAAGCAACAAAGGCAUUGCGACCCAACAAUGCCAGGUUUUCAUAUGAGAUAUUCAGAGAAAGAACCAAAGAAAUCAGGUCAACAGAGUUUUGGUAAUAGGCAUUGGAGCAUGGUUCAGGGUCAUGGGAUUUAUGGGGGCUCCGAGAAGGAGAGUCAAGACUCUGGGGCUUCGAGUAAAGUUGUUGUUGGGACUUCUGGUAACGGUGCAGAUCAUGGAGAGGAGGUUAAACAGGUCAAUGGGUCAAUGUCUGGCGAGGAGAGAGAAGGAGUGGAGGUUUCCAAGUCUCAGAGAGUCUGCAGCUUAUCAAAUGGCCCGAAUUCAUUGGGAACCGAGGAUGGUAAUUCAGAGCCUAAAAUCUUGAACAAUUGUGGGCCUUGUGAUACUGUGACUCAAAAGGAUGAAGCAGAUGGUGUUCAGAAGGAAGUUGAGGAAAACGAGAGUGUCCCGGCCCCUAAGACUUUCGUGGCUACUGAAUACUUAGAUGGGAAGGCGGUCAAUGUUCUUGAAGGACUGGAGUUGUAUGAAGAGCUAUUCGACAGUACAGAGAUUUCACGGCUUGUAACAUUUGCAAAUGAACUUAGGGCUGCGGGGCGUAGAGGAGAUAUUCAAGGGCCUACAUUUGUGGUUUCUAAGAGACCAAUGAGAGGUCAUGGAAGAGAGAUGAUUCAAUUAGGUAUCCCAAUUUAUGAUGGACCCGUGGAAGAGGAAAAUACUGCUGGAACUUCUAAAGAUCGUAAUGUGGAAGCCAUACCUAAUGAGCUGCAAGAUGUUGUUGAUAGACUAGUUUGCUGGCAAGUGUUGAAUGUACAGCCUGACUGUUGCCUCAUCAAUUUCUUUAAUGAGGGGGAUCAUUCACAACCCUUCAUGCCCCCAGCUUGGUUCCGGAGACCAUUCUGCAGCUUGUUCUUGACGGAAUGCAACAUGGCAUUUGGCCGUGUAAUUGGCGUGGAUCAUCCUGGGGAAUAUAGAGGCUCCUUAAAACUAUCAUUAACUCCUGGUUCUCUUCUGGUGUUGCAAAGCAAGAGCGCCGACUUGUCCAAGCAUGCCAUCUCCUCCACCAGAAAGCCCCGAAUCCUCAUCACCUUCGUCAAGUCACUUUCCAAGAGAGAAUGUGGGGGCGGGGGCCCACGAAUGCCCGGCCCCCCUUCUUUUGGGCCUUGGGCUUCACCACCACAUGGGCCCAUGGGCCGUCACCCAGGGGGUCCACAACCCGGCCCUCGACCCCAAAAACAAUACAUCACAAUCCCAACAACUGGUGUCUUACCAGCCCCCCCAAGUCCCCUCUUUAUGGGCGCCCCACCUCCAGUGGGCCCCCCACCUCCUUCAGUACCAGUGCCUGUAGGUCCUGCUGCUAGCUGGCCGGCGUUGCCAAGACCAGCCCCACCGAGGAUUCAAGUGCCAGCUGGCACCGGUGUUUUUUUGCCUCCUGCAGGGCCCACGUCUGGGGAUGGUGGUUUCCCAGCAGGGGAUGGAAGUUUUGCAGCAGCAGAGAGCAGUUUUCCUGCAGCUGAGAGCGGGUCUGUGGAGAGUGGAGGAUCAUCAAAUGGGAAGGCUGAAGGGAUUGUAAAGGGUUUAAAGUCUGAGUCGAAUGGGAAUGGUGCAAAAGGGUUGAAGAAGGCAGCUUCAAAGUGAUUUUAAGCAAUUGGAGAGUUUAUUCCCCUUCUUUCUUUUUUUUUCCUAUUAGUUUUGGAGUUUAUUCGUUCCUGAGGUGUAACUCUCUCUCUUCCUUUUGUUGUGGUUUCUGUUAAUUUUAUUUUUGUUUUUAUUGCUGAGGGGAUUGUGCUCGAAACCUGGUGAGGAUGGGAAAAAUGUAAAGAGCGGGAGAGUGAAAGCGGCUUUGGCUGUCCCACGGAAACUUGUUUUUGUAGCACGUGAGGUUCGCAUCCCUCUUUUUAUUUAUUUUGUUUUUGGAUAUCAGAAAUCUCAGGAGUCAGGAUGAUGCUUAAUGAAUUGUUCUGGUUUCAGUGC